UCUUUUGAAUUAUUCUCCACCCUUGAAUACGUGCACUCUACAGUGUACUGACAUUCUAGACGACGGCCUUCGAGACAAACAGUACAUAUCCACACGUACUCCCCUUGACCACCCCAUCUCCUCCCCUCCCUGUUGGCAUCUUCCCCUCCCUGUUGGCAUCCUCCCGCCCUGUCACCAUGGACACUUUGCCUGUGGAAGUAGUACAGUCUUUAGUGCGGGUACUAGAGAUCGACAGUGUCUUCACGCUACGCGGCGUAUCCCGGCACCUGCGCGAUAUCGUGGACAUCACUCGCCAGUAUAGAAGUGCUGACUUCUCGGUAUGUAGCAUCAACGUACGACGACAACUCAAGGACAUGAUCAUCACACCAUCAUUCAAGCGCGUCCUAGCGAACUACGACUCUAUCAAUUUGACCGGUACGCUGAUAACGACGCCCAACGCCGUCGAGAUGGCGUCGUGGGAGACUACCAGCAUCACGUUAAGACGGUGUGGCAACGUGCAUGUGAAGGGUUUCCUUACGGCGGUGCUAUCGUAUGCCCGCCGCGACACCCAGUAUCGUGCGGUCAUACACACGGACGAGGUCAAAAUCGCGCAAUACGGUGCUCUAGAACGAUCGCUGGCGACAUAUAGCCGGAGAGUGUCUUUCUACAGAUGGUCAUGCAAGGACUGCCCCAGAGAUGUGCUGUCAUCCAAUUGGGUAUUCAGUAUCCCUCGCUGCCAUGACUGCAAUCGAUAUGUCAUGUCCUCCACCAGCUGCGCAAAUUGCAGAGUCGUGACAUGUAACAAAUGUCUGGGCACCAAGUGUACGACGGCAAGCGAGACGUGUACCAUGAGAUACUGUCGCGGAUGCAUCGACAACAGCCUGUGCCAGUUGUGUGGCAAGAACUACUGCGUGUUAUGCUUCCAAGCGCAGAUCUCGGUCUAUAACUGUUACGCGUGUCAAGUACAAGUGUGCUCGUUGUGUAUGCCUUCAUCAUUCGUAUGCGAUGACUGCGAGCAGGAGUACUGUGGAAUGUGCACUGAUAGUACGGAUCAACAGCACUGCAACUGGCUGACGGAGCACGAUCAUACUGAACUACGAUCGUGGUUCGUGGAACGGCAUAUGAGAGCACUAUACCGUACCAGCGACCAGCUACCAUCACAGCCAUAAAUCCAUCCAUACUCAAUACGACAUUAUCUUCAAGAAAUUACCAACAAAUAAAAAAAAAGAAAAGUACUAUAAGAUACUGUGAGAAUGGGAACAGAAGAAUUAUAUUGAAG